AUGUUGCAGUUGAGGGCUGCGCGGGAAUGGACGAGUCGUGGUACGUGACGCCACCGGCUUGCUUCACCCGGCCCGGACCGGUUCACGUGGAAACGUCGCCCCUGGAGAACCUCCUGAUCGAGCACCCGAGCAUGUCCGUGUACGCGGGCGCCUCCCUGAGCGGCAGCACCACGGCCAGCGCGAGCCUCAUCAGCAGCAGCGACGCCGCCCUCGUCGACCUGGACGAGGACGGCAACGCCGCCGUGGCCGCCAGCCCGACUCGCGAGGUGCCCGACCGCAACAAGCCGCGCCCCUUCCCCAAGAGAUUACCGGCAAAGUCCUCCCCCGGCGCGGCCCAGAGCAACGACCGCCGCGCCAAACGCUGUCCACCCCGAGCCACCUCGUCGUCCAUGAUGUCCUGGACGACCGUCGACGCGACCAGCCUCGAGGUCACCGCGACGCCAACGACCACGACCAGGCAGAAGCGCCAGAAGCCGGCCGAGCUCAGGCACCGCAACAAGAACACCAAACUCCGGAUUCCCGGGAAGCUGGAGGAGAUGCAGAUCAGCGAAGAGCCGGUGGUUGCCACCAACGAGUCCAAGGCGAUGACGAGCGAGUUGACGCCGGUUGAGCCAUGCAAGAAGCUCGAGGUCCCGAGGCAAAAGGUCCUGGACGACCAACACCGGAACAUCCUCAGGUGGUGGCACAUGAGGCCGCAGACCAUCAAGCCGGCCCUGGCUCCGCUGGUGCCACCGGCGCCCUGCUGUGCCGGCCAGUGCGUUGUUCUCAAGGGCCAGGCUGGCGGCAGCAGGGGUGGUGGUAAGAGUGGCCAGCAGAGGCGACAGAACCUCGAGAACCAGGAGAACAGGCAGCCUGCACGGCCGAGGCUGCAGCAACGACAACAACAACAGCAGCAGCAGCCAAACAGCAGCGUGGCCGAGCGCACGAGGCGGACGAGUAUGAGGGACAUGAGGAACACGUCUGCCGAAGAGGACGCUUGCGUCUCUCAGAUCCACUCGGCUCAGCAGGUGCUGCAGAAACGUAGUACGCAGACGGCCAAGCGCAACCGGCUCGAUCGUGCUAACAAGGUUAGGGAGGUGGCGAGCGGCAAGUCGCGGCGCCCGCGUCGCCAGGAUCGUCUGCGGCUUAACAACAGCAACGCCAACAACAACCGCAAAUGCUAGUCCCUUCAGAUCUCAAGGCCAGGGUGCACGUUCCGAUGAGAACACGAGAGAGAAAGAGAGUUUAUUAAUUAAUGGGCCGACACACGUAUGCUCAUAUACAUAUACGAUGAUUUAUUAUGAUGAUGAUGAUGAUGAUGAUGUGUAUUUGAGAGAGGAUCUAUAAUAGGUAUAAUUAUAUCAGUUGAUUAUUAUUAUUCUCAAUAUUAUUUUAUCUGGAUAAAAAAAAGGUCGUUACAAUAUCACGAAGCUAUGCGAGGAGUGUUUUGAAUAUUAUUACCUAUAUGCAAACAAAAAUAGAAUUAGGCGCGAGCGCCUGAACUUUUUGCCGGAUCGAACUGAAAUUUCGAAACAAAAAUAUCGCGGUGCGUUUUUAUGUUUCCGUUGGUGAGGCAAAGGCAACGCUUUGCUUAUUGCAGAAAAUUUGUGUUUCGAUUACAUGUGUAUACAAACGCACGCGAUUCGUUCCAUGUGUAAACUGACUACUUUCUAAUCGUUUCGAAUGCAUCUUUCGAAACGUUGCGUUGCACGUGCUCGGCAACGUUUGCAAUUAGUUCGGUUCGAUAAGAGCAUAACGGAGCGAACGCGAAAAUGAAAAAUUGAACGAAGCGACGGAAACGAGCUCGGGGAGUCGAAUGCCUUCUUCCUCGGAUAUAGUUGUUGCACAUUAUUUGAGUAUUUUUCGGAGGGAAGGCAGCGACUCUCGCACUCGACGCAACUGAUUAUUAUUUAUUCUUUUUUUUUUU